AUGUCCAGCCUGUGGCUCCGUUACCUGUGUAUCUUUGCAGUGGCCUGGCUCACUGAAGGGAGAGUCGGCAGAAGAGGAGAGAAGCCCGAAGGAUCCAAAUUGAGGGUCAACACAAGAGCACCUAUACAGAAUGACAGUUUCCUGCCCGGUCAGUGCCGGGUGGGUGGUAUGGCUCUGUUUGACGGGGCCAUGUGGUCUCCUCAGCCCUGCUCGGUGUGCCAGUGUCAGAAAGGGACUGUCAGAUGCCAUGCAGUUCCCUGUUCCGUGUCAACAACAAAGCCGGACGAUAGAGACAAAAAAGACAGGUUCCCUGAGAUGAGGAAUAGUUUCCAGAGAAGAGGAGGAAGUGCCAAGCUCUCUGUUGCGACAGGAGGGCAGGAAGCCAAAAAGAGGAAGGAGCAAAAAACGCUUACACCUGCUGUCAUUAUUAAACCCCAACCAGUCAAGAACAGGAAACAGGAGGCAUCAGUUAUCUUGUCUACCAGGGAAAAUCGACUGCAUGUUCCCCUACCACCAGUGAGUGUGCCCAUGCCUGCAGUGAAGUCAAUGAAAGACACCUUCCAGACGUCAGAUGAGGACGACUACGACGACGAUCACGAUGACGACUUUGAUGAUGACAUUGUGGGACCACCCCUGCUGAAAGUCACAGCCCGACCUACUCCAAGAGCCAUGCCACGACCUGCGCUGAUGCCAGCUAGAAGACAGGUGGUUAAGCCUGCCACAGCAGGCCGCCCAGUGGUCACUUUCCCCGAAAAGCCCAGCUUCAUGGAGUCAUUGCCCCCCGGAUGUCUGCUCUCAGACUCUCUGAUAGCCUGCGGCAGCACCGGCAUGACACACUUCCCCAUCAUCACUGACCAGGGGGUAAAAACUUUAUACCUGGCAGACAACAGGAUCAGUAAGAUUCCUGCCAGGGCACUGGCAGGCCUGCCAAACCUGGAGUGGCUGGACCUGAGCAGGAACAAGCUGGAUGACUCCUCCAUCAGCCCAACGCUCUUCCAGAAUCUGACUAAACUGAGGAGGCUGAUUUUGGACGGCAACAAUCUCACCAAAGUCCCGGCGUUCCUCCCAUCCUCUCUUGUGGAGCUGAAAAUGAAUGACAACAAACUCCGUGGUCUUACGCCCAGCACUUUCAAAGGUUUGUCUAAACUUCUGACAUUGGAACUGGAGGACAACUACUUUCAUGAUGGAAACGUGUCCCCGCUGACUUUCCGUCCUCUGAAGAAGCUCAUUUACCUUCGCCUGGAGGACAACAAGUUCCGCGCCAUCCCGUCUGGCCUGCCCAUUUCCCUUCAGGAACUUCACUUGUCGGACAACAAAAUUGAGGUGGUGCAUGCUGGUGUCCUCAACAAGACCGUCAGUCUGAGAGUGCUGGACCUCAGCCACAACCAUAUCCGUGAGGAUCGCAUAGCUCCACGAGCCUGGAUACACCUGCUGAAGCUGGAAUCACUGGACCUAUCCCACAACAAACUGGUGCACGUGCCGUCAUUUCUGCCUGCCCGCCUGCGCCGCCUUACCCUGCAUCACAACCAGAUCGAGCGCAUCCCCGGCUAUGUGUUCGGCCACAUGCGGCCUGGCCUGGACUCCAUCCACCUGUCCCACAACAGGCUACGGGACGACGGCAUUGAGGAUGUGUCCUUCGUAGGCCUGACAACUUCUCUGUCGGAGCUGCUGUUGGACCACAACCAGCUGCAGUCCAUCCCCCAUGGCCUGCUCCAACUGAAGAACCUGCAGCUCCUCCGGCUCAACCACAACCUCAUCAGCUAUGUUCCGAUGAACGCCCUGUGUGACACGCGCGCCAGUGAAGACUCGCCCCUGGUCUCUGUUCACCUUGAGUACAACCUGAUUCAGCGCCGUCUCAUCCCCCCCAUCGCCUUCUCUUGCAUCAAAAACUACCACAGUGUCCUGCUGCGGCCUCAGAGACAGGAAGACUAUGAGUAGGAUCUAAUGCGUGCA